CAAUUCUCCUACUGUCAAAUAAGUCAACAAUAACAUUAACCAAGUGUAGGUGUUCGACUAUAAAAACCUCAACACAUCACUGCAGUCCCAAUCAAAACACCAUCAACAGACGCAAACCAUGGACUUCUCUGAUCUUCUCCAAGCUAUGGAACCUUACAAAAUCAAGGUUUUUUAUCCCACCAAGCUAAUCUCAAGAGAAGACCGCAUAAAUUGUCUGACGGAAGCUCAUUACAAUCCAUUCCUUUUGAAAUCAGAUGAUAUAUUCAUUGAUCUGCUAACAGAUUCCGGCACUGGAAGCCAAAGCGCAGCUCAGUGGUCCGCCAUGAUAAAUGCUGGCCAUUCAACCAUUAAUUCGGAAUACGUCACACAGUUUAUACGUACCAUUCAACAUGUUACCAAAUUCAAACAUGUAUUUCCUGUUCACCAAGGUAGAGGAGCAGAAGACUUGGUAGCAAAACUGUUACUGAAUAAAAACAGCGUUGUCCUGAGCAAUUCAUUGUUUGAUACGACACGUGCACACGUCGAAUCGUCUGGUGCAAUGGGGAUAGACUUAGCAGCCACCUCUUCUAAGUUUAUGGGAGAUGUCAAUGUGGAAAAAUUCAAGGAAUCGCUAGAUAAAUAUGGAUCAUGGAUUCAUCUUGUAAUAAUUACCUGCACCAAUAAUGUCGUAGCUGGAGCUCCAGUAAGUAUGCAAAAUAUAGAAGUAAUAACGAAGUUAUGUAGAACAAAUAAUAUCCCGGUUUUCAUGGAUGCGUGUCGUUUCGUUGAAAAUGCUUAUUUUAUCAAGACUUUAGACGAGAAAUAUUCAAAGCACACCAUCAUAGAUAUUGCACAUGAAAUGUUUUCCCAUUUUGAUGGUGCAUCUAUGUCUCUUAAAAAGGAUGGUAUAAGCAACGGAGGGGGAUUUUUGGCUUUGAACAACGAUAAAUGGGCAAAAGAAAUAUUUGAUAUCGUUGAAUACAAAAGUGGUUAUUCAACAUUUGGUGGAAUAACUGGGGCAAAUCUUGCUGCAUGCACUGUAGGAAUUUCUGAAGCCAUGAACGAAAAUUACCUUCGGUCAAGAAUCCAUCAAGCAAAGUUGUUGGCUGGUUUCUUGGAAGACAAUAACGUUCCAGUCUUUAAACCGGUCGGGGCACACGCAGUUUAUGUGAAGGCAAAUGAAGCGUUGCCACAUCUAGAAUUCGCUAAAUAUCCUGCAUGGUCUCUUAAUUGUGCCGUAUAUAUUGAAGGUGGAAUUCGAUGCGGAGAAAUCGGUAAUGUAAUGUUUGGUGAAUCUCCAGAUGGAUCGAAACACACUCACCCUUUUGAAUACGUUCGACUGGCUUUACCCAGAAGAACCUAUACUGUCAAUCAUCUACAUUUUGUAGCAAAAGUAUUUGGCAAUGUCACCAAAAAGGCCCAGCUCGUCCACGGAAUGGAAAUUGUCAAAUCUUCGCAUCUCUUGAGACAUUUCACGAUUUGGAUGAAACCUAUAAACGAUAUUCUAAUAGGAAACGAUAUCAAUGAUAAAAACUGAGCUGUCUUCUCUUUGCAAGAGUCCGCUGCAAGUAAUGACAGGUUACAUUUGGUAAUGCCUUCCUUCCCUGUGUUUUUCAUUCGUUCUUAGCUCUGGACUCAUUUCUCUGAAAGGUGCUUUACGAAUACUCUAACCGUGUGCUUUGCAAAAAAAAAAAAAAGAAAAAAAAAUCAAUCAGCAGAUAAGAAGCUAAUUUUAUACAGUUUAUAAGGAUUAUUACUAUCAAGUAUAACGCAGCGAGUUGGCAGAAUUGUUAGAACGUCGGAAAACAAAACUUAGCAGCAUUUCGCCCGUCUUUACGUUCUGCGUUCGAAUUCCAUCGAAGUCGACUUUGUUUUUUAUCCUUUCGGGGACGAUUAAAUAAGUACCAGUUGUGCACUGGGUCGAUGUAAACGACUUAACCCCUCUUCCGAAAUUGCUGCUCCUGUACCAAUAUUUGAAAGUGUUAUAUAGGUGUGUGCGUAUAUAUAUAAUUGCCAACUAUGGCGGUCCCAUACAGGACGAUGCUACUGUUAUUUUUAGCCCCAGGAGGACAUCUCCCCCAGCUGUCUAACGACACACUGCCUGUGUCCGGUGUGUAUCACGUAAGGCUAGAGAUGGAAACGAUGAUUUCUCCUCACAAAUACUAAUCGGACACAGACAAUGUGUCGUCAGCCAGCUGCAGGAGAUGUCUUCCUGGGGCUAAAAACAACAGUAGUAUCGUCCCCUAUGGGACUGCCAUUUAGUUGGCAAUUAUAUUUUACGAUUCCGUACUGCUACUGUUUACUUCCCGCUCAGAGAUUUAAUAUUAGAUUAAUGUAUGUUGGUGUAUUGCUGUGUGUGUGUGUAUACGUUUGAGAUGGUACCAGUGUUUAUACAUUUGUUAAUGAAUAAACAGAUAGUUCAUCUCCGCCUUUCUCCCUCUCUAGUUAUAUUAAUGCUACGUUUACCUUUAUCUACAAGUGGAGUAGCGUGAGAUUGUAAACUCGAAAACCUUAUCAAUAAAACUUAUAUCUAAAAUGUUUAACGCAAUUUUAUAUUUUGAAAUGAAUUAAAACUGAAUAAAUUUAUUCGUUUUCAACUGA